GGGUGGCAAUCAUGCACACACGGGUGUUGUGGGUGUCACCGACAUCUCGGAGGACCGGACAGACAAGUCAUCACUCAGACGGGAGGCGACGAGGUGACAACAAGGCUUCGUAAGUUUUCUCUUAUGCUGAAAAGAAAAUUACAAACAAACAAAAAAGAGUCGCAAGUUUGUUUGCUUUAAAGUUGUUGUUGUUUUUAUCAUUUGCUCCUUUGGUAAGUUAGCCGACUGUUUCAUUUAUCGCGCCGCAAUUCUAUCAUGUGCGUAACAGGAAACAAAAAAAAUAUCUUUUAAGCCAUAGAGUACAUUUUGUGUCCAAAACCGAAAUGUCUUUUUGCUUGAAAUGCCUCAUUAUAUUUUGCGUAAGACGGAAUUUUCGACGCUCGUUUACUGACAUUGGAGUUUCUUCUUCUUUAGAAAGACAUGGGUGCCUAAGCAGGUUCGGCAACUUCUUGUGGUAUGUAGAAGUGGCAACUCGCCUCAAUGACACUUGGAAUCCAUUUCCUUGUUGCCAGCUAUUAUUUGAUUGUUUGAAAUUUUGCCUCUUUGAAAAAGAAAAUUUAGACCGAAUCUGGUUUAUUAUGUCUUUAACUAUAUUGUCAGGUAUUUUCAAUUUCAAAACAAGUCAUUCAGUGCCACAAUACAGCUAAAAAAGCAACAAGGGAGUUCCGACAUGAAUGAAAAAGAUUGAUCUGACGUCCAGGCUUUGCGUCGCGUCACUCAAAUGGUUUACGAGCUCAAGUUACAACAAGGUGUCGUCCGUAGAAACCCGAUCGACGGUCAUCUCGCUCACACGUUUACAAGGUAGAAGGAUGCCUCUGGACACCGAGCGUAAGGAGCUGCUGUUGAAAACGCUGAUGGAGCUGGGGGAGGACAACCAUCAGUCCUUCAACAGAUUUAAGUUAUGGGUGGAAGGAUGCCUCUGGACACCGAGCGUAAGGAGCUGAUAUUGGAAACGCUGUUGCUGCUUCUAGUGCUCAGUUAAGAUACGUGUUCGACGGUCACCUCCCUUAAGCGUAUAAUCUCAAGGAUGGCUCUGGACAGCAGACGGAAGGAGCUGCUGUGGAACACGCUGAUGGAGCUGGGGGAGGACGACUUUGAGUCCUUCAGGUUCCACACGGCCCUGCCUAGAAGGGUGCGUGAAAACACCCGCCUUGAGUACAUAGCUGACAAGCUCUUGAUUAAGCACGGCGAGAACACUCUGGAUGAGACCGUGAAGAUUCUGGAGAAGAUCGGGAACAACGAAUUGGCCGAGAAGCUGCGCAGCGACGUGCUGGAAAUAAAAGACGCCGACUUCUCCGUCCACGAUGACGAUCAGAUUGCCAGAUUGAAGAGGGAACUCCAAGACAACCUGCGGCGUUUAUACAGGUUUGCUUCUGAGGGCAACACAGAGCGCUGGCAGCAGCAGCCCCUGGAGGACGUCUACACGGAGCUAGACAUCACCUACGGGGCAGACGUCAGCCCAGACGGGCGGCAUGAGGUCCUCCAGAUGGAGACGUGUGAUGCCGCGGCCAAGCGGUCUAUCCUGCCGUGCGACAUCUUCAAAAGCCCCGACGGCAACCGGCGACCGAUACGCACGAUGCUCACCGUCGGCUUCGCAGGAAUAGGAAAAACCUUCCUGAUUCAAAAGUUUGUGUCGGACUGGGCCAGCGGUAGUACUAACCAGGACGUGGACUUCAUAUUUCCUUUCACCUUCCGCGAGUUAAACAUGGAGAAAGGGGAGAGCUUUACGUUGGCCGAGCUGAUCCAAACUUUUGUCUGCGGAGACAGGCACAUGAGUGAGCGACUGAACAAUAUAUUUGUCGGCCUGCAAACUUCUGGGAAGCGGGACUUUGAAAGCAGCGGGAUCAAGAUCUUGUUUAUCCUCGACGGACUGGACGAGUGCAACUUCAAAAUCGACUUGAAGAAAGUGAGGAAAGUGAACAAGAACGUGAAGGAAAGCUACCCGCUAGAGGUACUGCUGGCGUAUCUCAUCAAAGGGAACCUGCUUCCGUGCGCCAGGGUUUGGAUCACCACGCGGCCCGCGGCAGCCCGCGAUAUCCCCGCCGACCUCAUCGACAGCAGAACAGAGGUUGGAGGAUUCAGCGAUUCCCGGAAAAUGGAGUACUUCAGGAAAAGGUUCCCAAAUGAGGAGCGCGUCACUGAGCACAUUCGGAAAUCUCGCACCAUCUUCAUCAUGUGCCAUAUUCCCAUCUUCUGCUGGCUCACCGCCACAGUUCUUCAGGUUCAUUUGGACAAAGGGGAAGAGGGAGAGCUUCCCACAACGCUGACUGACAUGUACUCGGCGUUUAUUGGUCACCACCUGGAAAACUCCAAGGAGAGAAAUACAGCGGAGUACAUCCCUUACAUGAGAGCGCUCGCCAAGCUGGCCUUUGACCACACCAUGAAUCAGCGUCAGAUCUUCUACGAGAAAGACCUGGAGGACAGCUGCUUUGAUUACAGCCAAGCAGCGAAACACUGCGGUUUAUUCACAGAGGUGUUUAAGGAGGUCCAUCCGCUCAAAAGCAGGAAACAAAAGAUGUUUCAGUUUAUCCACCUGACCAUCCAGGAGUAUCUGGCCGCACUGUACGUAAAGAUGUGUUUCUUCCACGACAACAAGAACGUACUGGAUACAUCAAGAUGGAAAAAAUUGUUCAUGUCUAUUAAGCGGAAGACAAUCACUGAGGUCCACAAGUCAGCUCUCCAGAAAGCCUCGGAAAGUGAAGGAAACCUGGAUAUGUUCCUCCGCUUCCUCGUUGGCCUUUCAUUGCAGUGCAACCAGGAAAUAGUGGGGGCGCUGCUGAAGGUUCCUCAUGACUGGGAGCAAAGCAAGUCAAAGACGGUCAAGUUGAUACAGAAAAGGAUCAAACGAAACACUCCAGAAAAGAACGUCAACUUGUUCUACUGUCUAAACGAGCUGAAAGACAACUCCUUACUGAAGCAGAUCCAGCAUCAACUAGUUUCAGGACGUUUGUCCUGGCGUCAAAUGUCAAAUGAUAUGUGGUCGGCCCUGGCCUUCUUCUUACUUACGGACGACGAAACCAUGAAGUUUUUUGAUCUUAGCCGCUACUCCCCAUCGCCUUUGGGACUCAAGAAGCUUCUGUUGGUGGUCAAGGCUUCUCAAAAAUCAGAUCUAAGUGAAUGUCGCCUGGACAAAGGCAGCUGUCACCUGCUGGCUUCCGUUCUCAGUUCUCCAUCCAACCUGAGGCAUCUGGACCUAUUAUUCAACGGUCUAUCGGACGAGGGGGUCAAGAUCCUCUCGAAAGGACUGGCCAGCCCACACUGCAACUUAGAAGUCCUCAUGUAAGGAACUUUUCCACUUAGAAAUCUACCUCCAGUUCAUACUCUUCCUUGGAUAGGGUUGACUUACAGUAUCUAAUGAGAUACUGCUGCAACCAGCCAACAAUAAGGGCCAAAAUAUACCAGACGCGUCUUCGGUCUGGGUCUUGCAAGAUAUAGCGCUGAACCCAAUCCGUUUCCAUUUUAUCCUACUGUUCAAAGUAUAGAGGCCGCGUCAGUGCUCCAGACUGACUGUGGACCAUCUCCGGCGUGUCAGAACCAGCCGGAUGGUUUAGACUAUUUUCUAUUUUUGCCGGACACGCAUCUGUCAAAAUGGGCGAGCAAGGCCUGGAAUCAAAAGCCCAGUUGCUUAUUCACGGUAAAAACACCUGCAAACAUGGACAAAUGCUUCAUCGUGGAGGUGGAAAGUUACAAUGUGAUUCAUGAUGCAGCAGAUCAUUAAAAAGGAAGCUGCAGAAGAAGCUAUGAGGAUUGAUGGUGAGUUAUUAUGCAAGAUAUGUAAUUUAAAACAGAAAUAGUGCCACAAACUCAUAGUAAAAGCAAAUAAAUUCGGGAAAAUGUUCAGUCAAAUCAAGUCCACCUCUCUCUCUGCUUCUCUGAUGAGUACAGAUUCCGUGUGUUUGUCGUUGUUUAUAAUGCCACAUUUUCGUGCCCGAUUACCCGAGAGCUCUUGACGGGAUGGAAUUACCGGACCGCAGCUGUGCGCAGCCACUUUUUUGUUUGGUUUUUUGUUUUGCCAAUUUUUGACAUACUGCGUAGUGCGCUGUAAACGCGGCCAGUAUAUUUUGGCCCGAAGGCAGUCAUAAUUAUACUUUGAUUAGAACCUCCAUCAAUUUAACGAGGUUCCUCUCCCAACUUCAGGCAAUUAUCUCAUUUUCAUUUAAAAAAAAAAAAAAAAGGUUUUCCCGCCAAGUUUACAUAAUUUUUCAUUCCUCGAAAAUUUAGUUGAAUGCUUUUGAAGGCCUGAUUUUUCACAAAAUCCAUUUCAUGACUUUUAAUGCUUUUUAAUCACCCGAAUAAACCGUGUAUUAGUCAAGGAAAAGGCAGACACGAUUGUCAUGUCUAUGUGUUAAAAAGAUAAAGAAUGAAUAAGUUGGUUAAAAUUGUAAAAGUUAGUUAAAAAAUAAAUACUGUUGUCCAAAGGUUUCAUCUGAAAAGCACUGGGAGUGAGACCUAUCCUUUUCUAGCAAAAGUGCAUAUAUGUUGAGGACCAGAGCAUCUGUCGCAUUGAGUGAUCUUAGACACCAAACUUUUUUCCUCAUUUCAAGCACGUUUCUCAGCGCCUGUGAGGCUUAAAGGUAACAUCGACGAACUUGCUCUGCCAGCUAAGCCUAGGCUAACCUUCGUCUUUGUAAGUUUUUACUUAGUUUUUAUAUUGAGUUUGAAAGAAAAAUGUAUUUUUCUCUUUGAGGCGAACUUUUUCACUAUCCAUUGAUUUCACUGAGACAUUCUGUUGUGUUUCUGCUAAGCUACUCACACGUUGGAAGAUAUUAUUGUAUUACAUUUUGAAUGUAUUCAUUUGUAUUUUAGUUACCAACAAACUAUUUGAGACCUCCAUAAACCCAAGAAAAGUACGCCUUGUCUCUGGAGAGUUUCAUUUUUUGGUUCGCUGGCUGUAGAGCAACACAUGUUACGUGUUGUGAGGACAGCUCAACGAUCAGAACCUUCAUCACUUUAACCAGGUUCCCUUCUCGACUUCAUGCAAUUAUCUCAAUUG